AAAAGGAAACACUCAUUCAGGAAGUAGUGUGACAAGAUCCACAAGCUGUGUUGUGAGAACAACUCAUCGACAUAAAAACCAUCAUAUUUUAUUUUAUACAAAGAUCAUUUUAAUGCCACAAUGGAAGUUGAUCUGGCUUUGUUGAAGUCCACAAAAGGUCUACUGAAAAUAUCAGAAAUGGUAUGUAUUUUUGUGGCUCUUGUAUGUUAUGCUGUGGCAUCUAGGCCGGCCUACAUUGCAGUAACAUGCAUGGAGUUUUUCAUCACACUUGGUUUUCUUCUGCUCUACCUACUGAAACUCAACAAGAUGUUCACUUUCUUCUUCUGGCCCCUUAUGGAUGUGUUCAGCUCAUUCUUUGCAGCUGCACUGAUGUGUAUUCUUAGCCUGGUAGCAGUUUCCACAUUCACAGUAAAGGGCACUUUGAGCGGAGGGAUUGUGGGCUUUGUGGCUGCAGUCUUGUGGUCCUUGGAUGGUUAUAUCCUUCUAAAAAAAAUCACAUUCAACAAUCCAGGAACCACCACAGAGGCCCAAACAGAGAACACUUAAAGCUCUGCAGGAGCUCAUUUCAUUUU